AUGAUCAAUAGUUGUGUCUCUGAGGUUUAUGUCACUGCCCUCUAGCGGUCACAGUGUGUAACUGUAUAGAUAAAACACUGACACAUCCGUCCACAAAGCUUUUACUUUGAAAGGUCGGUGCUCGGCAGUGAACCGGAUGUCGUCAGAGCGCCAUCUUGAAUACAAAGAUCCAAAGUGUUGGUGUUUCACGCUUUCCCCUCCGGUUACCGACAGACCGGCACCGGACUCUCGUCCCCGAGGCCCGGCGCGCCGCCCCGUGUCUGUGCACGCGCCCCGUGAGGCUCGAGGGCUCGCGGCAGAUGGAGCGGACUCAAACGUUCGCGUGUCAGACGGAGCUCAUCAUGGCGGCGGCGGUGGAGGCGGCCGUGUGCGAGCUGCACCGGGAGGCGGCGGACGGCCCGCAGCGACGGGUUCAGCUGACUGCCGUCCUCCAUGUGAUGACCAGAGAGGCUGUUCGUAAAAUCUGCAGAGUUUUCAGAGAGCUGUAUAUGAGUUUAGCGACGGAGAAUGAAGCUCUGAAGGCCAAAGUUGGACAUCUGGAGAGUGAACUGAGGUCAAAGGUUGAGAAGACGAAGACGGUUUAUAAGAUAAAACCAUCAGGUGGACCCGCCUUGUCACUGGACAUCAACCAACCAGCUGCUAACCCUGCGGCCCUCGCCAUGGCCAUCCUCAACUCAGCCAAAUCGAGACGCAGAGCCAACAGCAACCCUCAGGUGCCUUUGGUCAUCAUCAGCCAGCCGCUCCCCGGACCAAUCACAGGCCAGAUGAGCCCCACCCCUCCGGUACUGCCGGAGAAACCAGAUCAAACCACAGCUCACGCUCCGGCUGAUCUUCAGACAGAAGUGGUGUUAGAAAUAAACCAGAUUUCCACAGAUCCUGAUGAAUCACCUGGGGAAGUGACAUCACUUCCUGUGGAUAAUUAUCAGCCAACCAAUGAGUUCACAGGUGUUCCAGUGACAGUCAGGGAAGACACGCCCACACCUGAAGAGGACCAGGCUGUUGUUGUUGAAACAGAAAUAAAGAUGGAAACUGUUGAAGGGACCCUCGUUGACAGUCAAACAGCUCUGAGUGAAGAGGAGCAGAGGGAGCUGGAGAGGAAGAGGAGGAGGGAGCUGUACAAAGAGAAGAGGUUCUUCUGUGAGCUCUGUAACAAAGGUUUCCAUCAGAAACACCAGCUGAGGAAACACGUGUCCUGUCACCUCAAACCUUUCCCCUGCAGCUCCUGUGACAAAGGUUUCUACAAGGCCAAGAGUCUGCAGAAGCACCUUCUGAGCCACCAGCUGAGGGAGGCUCAGGAGAGCGACCCCGACAAGCUGCUGCGCUGCGACCAGUGCGACAGGAAGUUCAGGCUGCUGCGGCAGCUCCGAGUGCACCAGGCGUCUCACCGGCUGGAGAAAAUGCCGCUGCAGUGCCACGUCUGCGACCGCACCUUCACCUCGGCCGGCGCGCUUCGCUACCACGAGGUGUCGCACGCUCAGGUGAAGCCCUUCAUGUGCGACGUCUGCGGCAAAGGCUUCACCAGGAAGAAGAGCCUCCGAGAGCACCAGACCGUCCACACCGGCGCCCGGCCGUACGCCUGCCCUGCCUGCGGGAAGAGCUUCUCCACCGCCAGCAACUUGCGUGUCCACAAGAGGUCGCACUCCGAGGAGCGGCCCUACAAGUGCUGCGAGUGCGACAAGGCCUUCAAGUGUAAGAUGGGGCUGCUGCAGCACCGAGUGGUCCACUCCGGAGAGAAACCCUUCAUCUGUCAGACCUGCGGACUCAGCUUCGGCCUCAAGUACAACUUCCAGAGACACAUGCGCCUCCACAACGGGGAGAAGCCCUUCAGGUGUGAUAAAUGUGGCGAGGGCUUCACGGGGACCUGGGCUCUGAAGACCCACAUGCUGGUCCACGGCGUGGAGAAGCCCUUCAUGUGCGACCUCUGUGGAAAGACGUUUUUCUACAACUGCCAGCUGCAGAAGCACCAGCAGCUGGUCCACAACAACAAGGACCGGCAGAGGGGGGCGUUGGCGGGGCGACGGCGGCCGACCGGAGCCAAACCCUUCAGCUGUAAGAUCUGUCUGAAGAGCUUCAGCAGCAACACCACGCUGAGGACGCACGAGAAGAGCCACGCCGAGAACAAGGAGUUCACCUGCGACACCUGCGGGAAGUCCUUCCACCUGCGCCACCUGUACCUGUACCACAUGAGGCAGCACAGCGGCGACCGGCCCUACGUCUGCAGCGUCUGCCAGAAAGGCUUCCUGCUGAUGUCGCAGCUGAAGCAGCACGAGCUCCUGCACACCGGAGUCAAACCGCACAAGUGUGAAGAGUGCGGCAAAGAGUUCAGGACGCCGCAGAACUACCACCGCCACCUGCUGGUCCACACCGGAGAGAAACCCUACGAGUGCGUGGUGUGCAGCAGGAAGUUCCGGCAGUCCAACCAGCUCAAGUCUCACAUGCAGAUCCACACCGGGGUGAAGCUGUACGCCUGCGGGCGCUGCGGCGUCGGCUUCUCCGACUCCAGGCAGCUGAAGAAACACCGAUGUGGAGACGAGUUCACUGGCUGUGAGUCCGGCAGCAAACGAAGGAAGCAGAAGAACGGCUUCCCCUGGACCGAAGGCCUCGCACACCAAUAACAGCCCAGACGUUUGGUCCUGAAGCUCAGCUAGCCUAGCAUAGCAUAGAGACUGGAAAACAGCUAGCCUGGCUGAGCAUAGAGACUAGAAACAAAUAGCUUAGCGUAGAGACUGGAAACAGAUAGCUUAGCAUAGAGACUGGAAACAGCUAGCUUAGCAUAGAGACUGGAAACAGAUAGCUUAGCAUAGAGACUGGAAACAGCUAGCUUAGCAUAGAGACUGGAAACAGCUAGCUUAGCAUAGAGACUGGAAACAGAUAGCUUAGCAUAGAGACUGGAAACAGAUAGCUUAGCAUAGAGACUGGAAACAGCUAGCCUCGCUUAGCAUAGAGACUGAAAAACAAAUAGCUUAGCGUAGAGACUGGAAACAGAUAGCUUAGCAUAGAGACUGGAAACAGAUAGCUUAGCAUAGAGACUGAAAAACAGAUAGCUUAGCAUAGAGACUGAAAAACAGAUAGCUUAGCAUAGAGACUGGAAACAGAUAGCUUAGCAUAGAGACUGAAAAACAGAUAGCUUAGCAUAGAGACUGAAAAACAGAUAGCUUAGCAUAGAGACUGGAAACAGCUAGCCUAGCAUAGAGACUGAAAAACAGAUAGCUUAGCAUAGAGACUGAAAAACAGAUAGCUUAGCAUAGAGACUGAAAAACAGAUAGCUUAGCAUAGAGACUGGAAACAGCUAGCCUCGCUUAGCAUAGAGACUGGAAAACAGAUAGCUUAGCAUCGAGACUGGAAAACAGAUAGCCUCGCUCUGUACAAAGCUCAGAAAUACAGCAACCAUCAAACCGAUGAACAUGUUGAUUUCAUUUUAAGAAACAGAGAGGACUAUUUCUUGUCAACAACCGUGUAUCCAUCCGCCAAGUUCUUGACCCACAGACAUGAGAUUAAUAUCCAUCCUCCCGUAUCACCUGUCAUAACAGAAUCAUCCCAAAAUGUUGUACUAUUGCUUUAAAGGUUGUCUUCUGUAUUUUUAUAUUUUAAAGAGAAGAUGAAGACAUGAUUAGUAGUUUAUUAUAUAAAUAGUUUUCUGUUUUUGUGAAAGGACUCCCUUUUGUUUUGUGUUAAAUAUAUUCAGUUCACUCAGUUUACUGUUGAAUUAAAGGGCCGG